AUGUCCUCAGUUCCAUAUAAAUAUCCUUUUGUAGAAGUUAAAAAUAUUGAGAUUGAAGUCGGAAAUUUCGUUGCACAACGAUUUAUUGCUCAUUAUUCCAAAGAACAUAAGAUAAUUGGACAUAAUAAUCAAACUAUAUUAUCGAGGUCUCAAUCUAUACUUUGGAGAAUGAUUUCGGGUGAACAAAAACAAUUUUUUCAGGAAUUUAUACGAAGAAGCGCUUAA